AUUUUUACCUAGCGACAGUCAACGCUGCAUGCUGAUUGGCUCAGCGCCGUAGCAGCAUUAAAUUUGAAAAGACUCUUCCGUUACCGCUGCUUUUCUCUGAGAGACUCUCCGUGAAAACAUAAACACGGUCAUCAGGGAUCAACAUGGCUCCCAGAAAACGCACUCAGAAUGCGAAAACCAAGAAGAAUCCCAAAACGCCCAAACUGGAAGCGUUUCUGCUCGAUUUUGACGACGAAGUUCACACCAUUGUGGAAAGACUGAAGGAGAAGACGAACAAUCUGCUGAAGGACGCGGAUAAUCUGUAUAAGACGGCUCUGAUCAAGCUGCCCAUGGCGGUGAGGAAGAUGAACUGGAUCCAGUACUGCAAUAUAGAGAAGCCAAAGUCCCCAGUGGAUGAUUCAAAGGUGAGGGAAGAAGCUGCUCAGGUUGAGCUUGCUAUUGCUGAGAAUCAUGCGAUUCACAAGCCUGCUGGAAAAGAAGCUAAGAACGGUGCAAACUCGGAGGAUGAAAACAUGGCACCCCUGAAGUCUGCAGUGAAGAAGAAGAAAGCAUCAAAGAAAGCACCUUCAACCUCCAAGAAGGCCAGAGCGCUCUCCAUCAGCAAACAGAACAACACCAUCCAGAGGUCCACAAGAAAGCCUUUGAUCACUCCUGCUAGAAGUCUCCUCGAGUCGUCAGUCAUCGGCUCCACGCCGCUCAUCACGCCACGCUUCGACCCCAGAUUGCCCAAGACUCCAGGACUGAGACUAGCGCGUCACAGGGAGAAGGUGUACAGCAUGUCCGUCAACGGCUCGCCUAUUGCAGGCGCCGGAGAGGACGUCGUCAUCAGCGUCCCGCUCGGAAACGGAGAGUGCAUUCAGCUGCUGGCCAGUGAGAUGGACUCUGUAGAUCUGAGUCAGCUGGACGAGAAGGCCCUGCGCAGCAUCAGAAACCUGCAGAAUCGUCUCACGACUCUUUGUGGAACGUCGAAGUGAACUCCGUUUCUCUCUCGUCGUGUUUUCCAGCACUGUGUUCUUGCAUUCAUUCACAUUUUAUUCUUGUAUUAUAACCAUGUGUGGCUUUUAUUCAUUUUUCCUUCAUCUUCUCAGUCUGUGCUGUAGUUUCGCUGCAGUGAGCUUUUAAAGGUAAAUGUAAAUAAGAUUAGAAGUAGUGCUCAUAAUCUGUGCUGUAAUGCCUUUUUGUAAAUAUGACUCUUAAAAAGACCUUGAUUCCACA